AUGCCUGACAGCAUUAUCUAUACCUUCGGGGCUUAUGCCACCUUGAUUGGAGUCGGGUAUGUCAUCUAUCAGUUGACUACUCAGAAGGCCAGGGCUCAAGCGAAGGGCCAAAUCAAGCCAACCAAGAGCGUACAGCUCGAGACUCGCAAAGAAGAUCGAAAGAAGAAGCAACGUCAGGAGGCUUUCGCAUCAGAGGCCCAAGAAGCUUCCAAGAAGCCCAAGCCUGAACCAGAAACCACUGCUUGGUCAAGUGGUGUUAAGGAAAGAGAUGAAAACAUCGACAACCGCGAAUUCGCUAAGCAGCUCGCAAAGGCUAAGGAGGGAACCAAGUUCGCCACUAAAUCUGACUCUGGCAAGCAGCGAGAGAAGUCUGUCAAGCAGUCUCGCGCCAACAAGGUAGCUGGUGCAACCGAGGAGAAGGAGUCGGCCCAGUCAUCUACCACUGGUGCCGACGCCGAUGAUGACCAAUCUCCUGCCACCACCCCCGAGGUUACUCCUGCAGUUGCAGUUGCCGGCGAUGUCUCUGACAUGCUCGAAACCGCUCCCGCCCGCCAAACCGUCCUUCGUGUAACCGAUACCGAACCCAAGAAGCAGAACAAGAAGGCCCCCAAGGCCGAGGCUCCCGUCGAGACCAAGAAGCAGCGUCAGAACCGCAAGAAGGCUGAGGCCGCAAAGGCUGCUCGCGAGGAGACCGAGAAGGAGCGCAAGGCUCUCGAGGAGAAGCAACGCCGUGCCGCUCGUAUUGCCGAGGGACGUGCUGCUAAGGAUGGUUCUCAAUUCACCGCUGCCCAGAACAAGUCGUCUGCUUGGAAGGAGGGAGCCCCUAAGGCCGCCAGUGACGCACCUGCCGCUCAGGCCAACGGUUUCCAGCAGCCCCUCGACACUUUCGAGAAGGCUCCUUCCACCUCUGUCAAUGCCCCCAAGACUGAUAACAAGUGGAUCGAGUCUCUUCCCUCCGAAGAGGAGCAGCUCCAGCAGCUCCAGGACGACGACGAAUGGAGCACUGUCAAGACCAAAUCCAAGAAGGCUGCUAAGAAUGCGCCUUCAGCUGGUUCUGGUGACGAGGCCGCGGCUCGCCCUGUUGCUCAACCCAAGCAGCCUACCGGACCUAACAAGGCUGCACAACCUACACAGUCAUACGGAUCCUACACAGCGCUGACCACUAAGGAUGAUGGUGCUGAUGAGGAUGAGGAAGAGGAAGAGUGGGAUGUCUAA